UAUAACAUGAACUUUAUCAGGGCGACCUCAUUAAAUUAUUUGUCUAUUUUCAAAUGUCUUUUAUUUGUAGAUGUUUUCUUAUUAUACUCAGUGUGAGCCUGUUGACCACCUAUGCCCAAAAAAAUGUAUCCAUAAUAGAAAAUGGAAAGUGCUUGGACUGUAGAAAGGAAAAUAAGGAACAGUGUCGGAUUGCAGAGACAGGAUUUAGUUGUUAUGCAGGACAUUUUUAUAGGCGGUUUGGACAUGGAAAAGGUGAAUUCCCAAAAACAACCAAAAAAGUGGACGCAUGCGUUGCACCCGGAAUGGAAAUCGAUAUUAUAAAUGCCAAAGUAUGUUGCGUUUGGUCACCCGAAAUCGGCUGUCAAAUUCUGUUAACUGAAGAUCACCAAGGCGAAUUUUGCUUCACUUGCAGGGUCAAAUUUAAAAUGGAAUACAAAGGCCUACUCUCCUGUCCGUGCCUAAAAAAUGAAGGAUCACGCCAAGCCUAUGCGAAAACAUUGAUCGCCUUUAUGUUUACAUGUUUAUUCAUGGAAUUAAUAUAAUAUGGAAUUUUUCGCUGGGGCUCU